UGGGAAUGUGAGUCAGGGCCUGGGCAAGCGGCCGUGAGCGCGCGUGUCGGGACUGCGGCGGGCGCCGCCCCCUCGGCCCCGCCCGGCCCGGCCCCAGCGCUCGGCGCUGGCCGCGCUCCCCGCCACCUCCCCGCGCUGCCCGCGCUCCGCUGUCUCGCGCUCCUGAUCGCUCCAGCUCCUCCCGGCCGCCCGGUGCGGCGGCCACGCGAGGUUGUAAAAAUCCAUGUGGGACCGCGCUGGGGCGAGCAUCCCUAAGGUGUUCUGGGGCUCCUGUGGCCUGGCCCUGCUAUGGCAGAAGCUGUCAAGUGUCCAGGCAAACCGUACAAGCAGAUGUCACUUCCACCACAUCCUUUCUUGGAGAAAGGACGUUGCACGGGAAAGUCCAACCUCAGUAGUAGAUGCUGUUCAAAGUAGGAUGGCAGCAUUAAAGCUCCGAGACAUUAAAGAACUUGCCCAAGAUCACAGAACUAAUCUCUGAGUGGAGCCAUCUCCUGGUACAGCCUCUACAAAGAAUGUGGUGAAAGUCUACAGUCAGUGAAGGAGACAUCGGCUUAAGCCAUCACGCUGCCUAGCAUUUCUUCCCUUCAGUAGCGCCACGUCACAGAAGAAAAAUGUACGGGAGUGCAAGAACAAUCAGCAAUCCGGAAGGCAGCCCUUCCAGAUCGCCGCGUUUGCCAAGGUCUCCUCGUUUGGGCCACCGAAGAACAAGCAGUGGGGGAGGGGGAGGGACAGGCAAGACUCUGUCUAUGGAGAACAUCCAGUCCCUUAAUGCGGCCUAUGCCACGUCUGGACCCAUGUACUUGAGUGACCAUGAAGGGGUGGCAUCAACAACUUACCCAAAGGGCACCAUGACUCUAGGCAGGGCCACAAAUCGAGCUGUUUAUGGAGGCCGGGUCACAGCCAUGGGGAGUAGUCCCAAUAUUGCUUCCGCUGGACUUUCCCACACAGAUGUCCUUUCAUAUACGGAUCAACAUGGAGGGCUGGGUGGCUCAUCCCACCACCACCACCACCAGGUGCCCUCCAUGUUGAGGCAGGUAAGAGACAGCACGAUGUUGGAUCUUCAAGCCCAGCUCAAAGAACUGCAGAGAGAGAAUGACCUCCUUCGCAAGGAGCUUGACAUUAAGGACAGCAAACUGGGGUCUUCCAUGAAUAGCAUCAAGACUUUCUGGAGUCCCGAGCUUAAGAAGGAGAGAGUCUUGAGGAAAGAGGAGGCUGCUCGCAUGUCUGUCCUCAAGGAGCAGAUGAGGGUUUCUCACGAAGAAAACCAGUUACUGGACGCCAGAAGAACGAAGCACCUGCAGUUGACCAUCCAGGCCCUUCAGGAUGAACUGCGGACCCAGAGAGACCUCAACCACCUCCUGCAGCAAGAGAGUGGCAACCGAGGAGCAGAGCAUUUCACCAUCGAGCUGACGGAGGAGAACUUCCGCAGGCUCCAAGCCGAACACGACAGGCAGGCCAAGGAGCUGUUCCUUCUGCGGAAGACAUUGGAAGAAAUGGAGCUAAGGAUUGAAACACAGAAACAGACUCUCAAUGCCCGCGACGAGUCCAUUAAAAAGCUCCUGGAGAUGCUGCAGAGUAAGGGCUUGCCAUCGAAAAGCCUAGAGGACGACAACGAGCGCACACGGCGGAUGGCCGAGGCUGAGUCUCAGGUCAGCCACUUGGAAGUGAUUUUAGACCAGAAGGAGAAGGAAAACAUCCACCUGAGAGAGGAAUUGCACCGAAGAAGCCAACUUCAGCCGGAGCCAGCCAAGACGAAGGCGCUCCAGACUGUCAUCGAAAUGAAGGACACAAAAAUUGCUUCACUGGAGCGGAACAUCCGGGACCUCGAGGAUGAGAUCCAGAUGUUGAAAGCCAAUGGUGUGCUCAACACAGAGGACCGAGAGGAGGAGAUCAAACAGAUCGAGGUGUACAAAAGCCACUCCAAGUUUAUGAAGACCAAGAUUGACCAGCUGAAACAGGAACUUUCCAAGAAGGAGUCAGAACUUCUUGCCUUACAAACAAAGCUUGAAACCCUUAGCAAUCAGAAUUCAGAUUGCAAGCAACACAUUGAAGUGCUUAAAGAGUCACUUACUGCCAAAGAACAGAGGGCUGCCAUCCUUCAGACUGAGGUAGAUGCACUGAGAUUACGGCUGGAAGAGAAAGAAUCUUUUCUCAAUAAGAAAACAAAACAGCUCCAAGACCUCACUGAAGAGAAGGGGACCCUAGCUGGAGAGAUCCGUGAUAUGAAAGAUAUGUUAGAAGUAAAGGAAAGAAAAAUCAAUGUUCUUCAGAAAAAAAUUGAAAACUUGCAAGAACAACUUAGGGAUAAGGACAAACAACUGACCAACCUGAAAGACAGAGUGAAGUCCCUGCAGACGGACUCCAGCAACACUGACACUGCUCUGGCCACUCUGGAGGAGGCCUUGUCGGAAAAGGAGAGAAUAAUAGAGCGCUUGAAAGAGCAGAGGGAGAGAGAUGAUCGGGAAAGACUAGAAGAGAUAGAAUCCUUUCGAAAGGAGAACAAAGACCUCAAAGAGAAGGUCAAUGCUUUACAGGCUGAGCUGACAGAGAAAGAGUCUAGUUUAAUCGACCUCAAAGAACAUGCAUCUUCAUUAGCUUCUGCAGGACUGAAGAGGGACUCGAAACUAAAGUCUCUAGAAAUAGCCAUUGAACAAAAGAAGGAGGAAUGCAACAAACUAGAAGCACAAUUGAAAAAGCAAGCUGAACAGUUGUUCAAUCAGAUGUACAAUCCAGCACAUAAUAUUGAAGAUGACUCCAGGAUGAACCCCGAGUUUGCAGACCGACUGAAACAGCUGGACAAGGAAGCAUCUUACUACCGUGAUGAGUGUGGCAAGGCUCAAGCAGAAGUCGACAGGUUGCUGGAGAUCCUCAAGGAGGUGGAGAAUGAGAAAAACGACAAAGACAAGAAGAUUGCGGAACUUGAGAGGCAUAUGAAAGAUCAGAAUAAGAAGGUGGCCAACCUCAAGCACAACCAACAGCUGGAGAAGAAGAAGAACGCCCAGUUAUUAGAAGAAGUGCGCCGGCGAGAAGAUAGCAUGGUUGACAACUCACAGCAUUUGCAGAUCGAGGAGCUGAUGAAUGCCUUGGAGAAGACCAGACAGGAACUGGACGCCACCAAAGCACGCCUCGCCUCUACCCAGCAAUCAUUGGCUGAGAAGGAAGCACACCUAGCCAAUCUCCGGAUGGAGAGGAGGAAACAGCUAGAGGAGAUCUUGGAGAUGAAACAGGAAGCGUUACUUGCGGCCAUCAGUGAAAAGGAUGCAAACAUUGCCUUGCUGGAGUUAUCUGCCUCCAAGAAGAAAAAGACGCAGGAGGAAGUCAUGGCACUGAAGCGGGAGAAAGACCGACUGGUGCAUCAGUUAAAGCAGCAGGUCUAUAGGCCUAGGAAACAGCCCCCGUGCUCAAAUAUUCCGUGCACUUGUGAUGCUGGCUACAGCCCAGAUUUUACGGCCAAGUACCACGGGUCCAGCUACGAUGCAUACAUGGGCCAGAGGUCUCAGACCCAGAAUAGAAUGAAGCUGAUGGCAGACAACUAUGACGACGACCACCACCAUUACCACCACCACCACCAUCACCACCACCACCGGUCUCCUGGGAGGUCACAGCAUUCCAACCACAGGCCCUCUCCGGACCAGCUGUCAGAAGGGUUGGCUAAACGGAUAGCUCAGCACUGCAGCGAUGUCCUGAUAAUCUAUUGCAGCCUGGCUCUCUUCUUUGUCUACCAGUGGCUGCAUGCAGCGGGUCGGAAAGGAAGGGAAUUUUCGCUUUCACUUUCCUGCUCGAUUCGGUUCUCCGAGACGGUCCCGAUUGGGUGUACGGGAAAGACAGAGUAUGAAGAAGGAGGAACAAACGACAGCCCCUUCAUUUUUUGUCAAGGAUUUGGACCUUUACGACGUGAGCGCCUCUGCAGAAAGCUGCUGAAUAAGCAUUUUUUCCUGUUGCUUUGCCUCUUGGAUACACGGGCACUGCACGGGUGCAGAGUGUGGAUUCAGCUUCCCGUGGACAACUAGCCCCGUCUCCUACUGUCGUGCUGGUCAGUCUAAGUGGUCCUAACGCCUUAGAUUAUCAGACAAUCUAAGCUUGCUGUGAGCGAGUGCUGCUGCCGGUGUUUGUAUACCACGGUGCAUGGAGUGUUUGACAAAGAAACCAAAAGACCAAAAAUCGAGAGCCUUUACCCUCCUCCGUUUCUUUAAUCUGUCGGUCAAGGAACCACAUUGAAUGGUAUUAUCAGUAGUUACCUCUGGGCCAGGUUGGAAAUGAAAUCAAUUUUUUUAAACCACUAAUAACUUGCCAAGAAAUCGCCUUAUGAGAACAUGGUGUGUGUCUCUGACAGUGCGUGGCACAUCUAAAUUGGUCAUCCAUAAUUUUAUUGUCCUGCUCAUGUACUGGAGAAUGACAAAAGCCUGAGGCACCUGCAUAUCCACUCCACAUGCUCCUUGAAGCCCUCGGCUGGGACACAACCUGGCCUCAGGCUCUUCUUGUUCUCCUACGUGCAGGUCUCAUGACAAAGCUGAGGUUCAUACAUGUUUCACCAUCGAAAUGCUGUGCAAGCAGUGUGAGCCUGGAUCUUCUGUAAGUGAAGGGUCAUUUCUCUCUCUCUCUCUCUCUCUCUCUCUCUCUCUCUCGAUUGCUCUUUUUUGUUUUUUGCUUUUUUUUCGUUUGUUUGUUUUGUUUGGUUGGUUUUUUUUGUUUUUUUGUUUUUUGUUUUUGUUUUAAGAAAAUGUCUCCAACAUGGACUCCAAAGCAUUUUCAGCAUCAAACAUGGAAACAUUGACGAAUGAAGCGCAAUCACAAAAGCUGUAUGUCUGUAAAUAGCAUUAUGCAACCUGUGUGGAUAGAGUCCUUAUCUUAAAGCACAUGCCAGGGAAAGAGACCCGUGUUCCGAGGUCUUUUGCAUACAGUGACAAGGUACUAAGGAGAAUUCGCCUCCUGCUGCUUCCUCUGGAGAUUAAAAAGCAUUAGUCCUUACAACUUGGUAAAAACACACAACUGAGCCUGGUGAAUGUGCAGCUCUUGUACUGACCUGAUAUCUUGUCGACGGGAGAAACCCUCCCACCUGCAUUUCUAAAGGACAAACAAUGAAUUUAAGCAUGAGUGGCCUUAAUAAAUACCAUUGUCUUUCUUUGCUGCUGUGGAAAGGGUUCUAAGCAGAAGUUGCUGAAAUCUUACAUCGAGUCUCAUCAUUAUAAAUUUCCAAAAUAUUGGUGCAAUUAACUCUGGACCUCUCUCAUGAGCCAUAGAGAUAUUUCAAAAACAAACCCCUUAUUUGCUGGGGAAAGGAAACUGUCCCUGGGCUGCACCCUUUAUUCCUGGUGCACCAGGGGUACUAUAUUCAAGCUGGUUUCUUGCUUUGGGCUUCAUUCUUGUCAGUAAGUAGUGACCUGUGUAAAGCUCACGUGUUACAUACAUGAUUCACAUACAUUCAUGUUUAAAAGGUUUGUCCUUUAACUCUCAAGAGGAUUUAGGCCUUUGCUACAGAAGGGAGCAGAGUUCUUUGCGAGUUUGUUUAGUACAUUUUGGCCGAGGCUUGCAGUGGGAAACCCAAGCCACAGACCAGUCAGUCCCUAGGUAUGGUUUGGGCAUUGUCAGAGAAGUCCUCACACCCUCUUACCACCAGGUCCUGGCCUGAACUCUGCAACUAAAUACUUGAAAUUGGAAGUAGGAGAGCCAGGAUGGUAAGCAGGAUCCUUGAAGUAGCAACAAAGUGAUCUAUUAUAUGUCAUUAGCUAUCUGCAUUCGUGCCAAUUUUGACACAGCUAAUGUUUGGGGAUCAUUUCUUCACCCCACUUUUGUUGGUCAGAAGUAUUAAUUGAUCUUCAUCACAUGCAAACAUAUCAUUCAGUCCCUGAAAAACCAAAUUCUAAGACAGCAUCUUUUCUCAUUUUUUUUUUGUAACAUUCUCUGAUAUUUGGGAGUUACAACAAAACCAUCCCUUUCCACUGGUUGAAAAUAGUGUCUGGGUUUACAACAAACACUGUGUUGUUUAGACGAUAUUUCCUUUGUGAAAUCUUUAGCAGAUUCCCUUCUAAUCAUGGUGUAGUUGAGAUUAAACAAAAAAAGUUUGGGCUAACAUUUAGGAGAAGUUGGUCUAAGUCUUACCUUGUGCAAAAGCAGGCUUGUAUUUGUAGCCUAUUUGAUUUCUAUAUACAGUCUCAAUUUUGUAUUUAAUGAUUUUUGUGUAUUAAGUAUGCACGUUAACAGCGUGUCAACUUUCAUUUGGAAGUGGGUUUUAUUUUUUAAACAGUGUUUAUGAUGAGCCCUCAAGUGUAUUGACAUAAACUCUAGCUGCACUGUCUUUGUGUAGAGCGCCGUUUGAAUGCUGCCAAGGGUCCGUGUAUCUACUUCCCCGAGACCCUUGUUUGAUAGUGCUUCUUGUAAUAUUUCUUCAAGUGAGUGGCAUGUGGGUUGUGAUUUUGAUCCAUGUGAUUAUGGACAUCGAUAUGAAAAAAAUAAAAAUAAAUAAAUAAAUAAAAUUAAGGAACCCUCGAAACUACCAACGGGCAUGUAUCAGCCAGUCAUCGUAACCUCAUGUCUAGUAGAAAUAACCAUGUGCAAGGUAUGUACAGCUCAUAACUUUGUUAUUGUGUGUAUGAGGAGUACUUUGUGCCGAUUGUCUUAUUUAUAUUCAUCAAAUAAACCUUGUUUCUUUCCGAA